AUGAAUGAAGAAAUGAUUGAUGAAAUGAUUGAAAAUUCAUUAAAAUCUUCCGAUACAGAAAAUCCUUACUUUUUGCAGCAAAAUAAUAUAUAUUGGGAAACAGGUCACAGAACUUAUAUUCCAUUUUUUCAUUUUUUGAUUCAUAAAUAUACAAAUAAAAUUGUUGAUGAUCAAAUAAGAAAAUUUACAAAUAGAGUAAAAAGUAUUCAUCAUACACCUUUUGUUUUUCACAAAGACGGAUAUUUUAGAAGUUAUUAUGGUGAUCCUGACAUUAAUAUGAUUUUUAAUCUAAAAAAAAAUACAAAUUUUGUUUUUAAUUCAACUGGAUCAUUAAAUUCUUAUAAUUUAUUAAGUAAUAAUUGUACUUAUAAUAAAUCUACAUAUAUAUUUGAUCAAAUUCUUAUGAGUGCUUUUAAAUUAGAUUUAAAGGAUGUUUUAGAAAAUAGUGCUUAA